AUUUUAUUUGAAAAUAGUCGUCCUUCCUUUUCUGCAAUUUCCCAUAAGAGAGAGAAAAAGGGAGCGGAAGCGGCAAGAUAGGAGCGAAGUUGUUGAGCUGAAGACGAGUUCUUUCUGGGUUCAUAUUUAGGUAAAGCCCUUUACCAUCAUUCUCUUUUUCUCUUUUAGCGUUUAAGGCGGCGGCGGCGUCGGCGGCGACGCCGAUUGGAAGUGGGUUCAACGAACAAAUACAAUCUGAGACACCCCUAGCUGGAAAAAGUCUCUCUUUUCUCUUUUAGCUGCAUUCGUUUCUGGGUGGGGGAUGCAAUGGCAGAAGAUGUCUGUUUUCUCAAUAAGGACAGUAUAAUCAUAGUGAAGCCACAGAAGAAACUGUCAGUGCUUUCAAGAACAAUCGUUCUCAUGUUUUCAAUGUUAACCGGUAUCUAUAUCUGCUCUAUAUGCAUCAAGCAGUCAAAUGGAUGGCCGAUAUUUGAUUCAGUUAACUUCAGAAUCAUCGAGGAGAGGCCAUGUCAUGCCCGGGUUGUGGAUCGUUCUCAACUCCCUUACUUGCAUUAUCCAAAACCCGAAACAUUUAGUAGGGCUGAAUGUUCGUGUAAUCCAGUAAGGUUAUUUGUUAUUAUAUCGGAGCAGAGGUCAGGAAGUGGAUGGUUUGAAACGCUACUAAACAGUCAUGUUAAUGUGAGUUCUAAUGGUGAGAUAUUUUCUGUUAAGGAAAGGAGACAAGAUAUUUCUACCAUUGUUAAGACUUUGGAUAAAGUUUAUAAUUUGGACUGGUUUACAAGUGCCUCUAAGAAUCAUUGCUCAGCCGCGGUUGGCUUCAAGUGGAUGCUUAAUCAGGGGCUUUUGGAACAUCAUAAUGUGAUUACAGAUUACUUCAAUGAAAGAGGCGUUUCUGUAGUUUUUCUAUUUAGAAGGAAUGUACUGCGUCGAAUGGUGUCAAUGCUAGCAAAUUCGUAUGAUCGAUAUGCUAAGUUAUUAAAUGGUGUCCACAAAUCUCACGUUCACUCGCCAGAAGAGGCGGAUAUACUAUCAAAAUACAAACCGAGAAUAAAUUCUACAUCAUUAGUGAGUAACCUUAAAGAAAUGGAAGUGACAACAACAAAAGCGUUGGAACUAUUCAGGAGUACGAGACAUAUGGUUUUGUAUUACGAGGAUCUUGUGAAGAAUCGUACUAAACUGGUGCGAGUACAAGAGUUCUUGAAUAUUCCUGUGAGAGAAUUGAGUAGUCGGCAAGUUAAGAUACACAAGGGACAAUUGUCGAAUCACAUUGAAAAUUGGGAUGAUGUUAACAAGACACUGAAGGGGACACCAUACGAGACUUUUGUCGGUUCUGACUACUGAU